GCUCUUCCUCGGCCCGGGGCCGGUUCCCCUGCGGGGUCAGAACGCCCCCUCACCUGGGGUCCCAGUCCCCUCCCUCGGGAGAGAGGCCGCCGGCCACGGGCAGGGGUCCCUGUUUCACACGUGGUAGAGUCGCAAGCCUCGCGCCCAGAAAUCCCUGGUCGCUCCCACAGGCCGGAGGCCCCUCCUCCGGAGCCAUGGAGGCCGGCGCGGGGGGGCCCGGCUCUCCCGCCGAGCGCAAGGAGGCCGGGCCCGGAGUCUCGGCGCCCGAGAGGCCCACGCCGACCGCGUCGCCUUCGCGGGAGGCGGUAGACUACUCGCCGCCCCCGUCGUCCUCAGGGCUCCCCUCGCGGCCGCUGACCUCGAGCCUAGGCGUGGGCAGGUCGCGGCUGCGCCAGGCCGGCUGGGGCGGGAUGGCGGCCGGCGCGCUCCUGGAAGCCGGCCUGGCCCGGGUGCUCUUCUACCCGACGCUGUUGUACACCGUGUUCCGUGGGAAAGUGCCGGGCCGGGCGCACCGCGAGUGGUACCACCGCAUUGACCCCACGGUGCUGCUGGGGGCGCUGCCCCUGCGGAGCAUGACGCGCCGGCUGGUACAGGACGAGAACGUGCGCGGGGUCAUCACCAUGAACGAGGAGUAUGAGACGCGGUUCCUGUGUAACUCCUCAAAGGAAUGGAGGAACGUAGGAGUCGAGCAGCUGCGGCUUAGCACAGUAGACAUGACUGGAGUUCCAACCUUGGCUAACCUCCAGAAAGGAGUCCAGUUUGCUCUCAAGUACCAGGCGCUGGGCCAGUCUGUCUAUGUGCAUUGUAAGGCUGGGCGCUCCAGAAGUGCCACUAUGGUGGCAGCGUAUCUGAUUCAGGUGUACAACUGGAGUCCAGAGGAGGCUGUAAGAGCCAUCACCAAGAUCCGGUCACACAUCCACAUCAGAUCUGGCCAGUUGGAAGUUCUCAAAGAGUUCCACAAGGAGAUUACUGCAGGGGCAGCAAAGGAUAAGACUGGUCAUACAUCACAGACGUGAAAUACACAGAUUAGAAAGAACUCAAGACAACCCUGCUUGCUACAGAAUCAAAUAAUUUUAACAGGACCAA